UGUGCGCGGCUCAGCAUCCCACCCCUCCUCCUUCUCCUCCUCCUCCUUCUUAACGGCCGCAACCAUCUGCCGCCUCUUUUUGUAAUUUCUAACCCAGCAGAUUAUUUCCCUCAGACGUCCACUUGCACUUGUCACAACCCCAAAAACAUCUCUCCGCGGAGCAGCUGCGCAGAGGAGCCGCUCUCCCUGCAGCGCGCAUGCAGACCGGCAGCGGACGCAGACUGCUGGAUCUUAAAGACGGAUUUAAUUAAGCGCCGGAUAACGAACGGCAAGUCUACAGCCUUCGGUCGGGGAGGGAGGGGAGGCAGGCAACGGUUUAGCAGAUCUUGGAAACCCUGGGUGAGGUGAGGGGAGGGAGGGAGGAGCGGAGAAUGAGCUAUUCUUGUACCAGCAGAGGCAACAGCCAGGACCCAUCAAGCGCUAAUCCAACCAGAGCAACCGGAGGGACCGACGGCGGAACGCAAAGCACCGGCAACGGGAGCCCGAAGCAACCGGCGGCGAUGAAAGUGAAGAAAGGCUCCAACUCCAUGGACGUGGAGGUGCCGGUGACCACGGAGGAGGAGCUGCUUGGGAGGACGGCGAUCACUCCGGAGGAUGUUCUGGGCUUGCAGAAGAUCACAGAGAACUAUCUAUGCAGCCCUGAUGAGAAUGUUUACAACAUCGACUUCACAAGGUUCAAGAUCAGAGACAUGGAAACGGGCACCGUGCUGUUUGAAAUCACCAAACCUCCGUCCACAGAUAAAGCAGGAGAGAAGAGGGAUAUCGACCCUAACGCCGGCCGUUUUGUUCGUUACCAAUUUACCUCUGCAUUUCUAAGACUGCGCCAGGUUGGAGCUACCGUGGAGUUUACAGUCGGAGACAUGCCAAUAGAAAACUUCCGGAUGAUUGAGAGACAUUAUUUCAGGGAGAGGCUGCUCAAGAGCUUUGACUUUGAGUUUGGCUUCUGUAUGCCCAGCAGCAAGAAUACCUGUGAGCACAUCUAUGAAUUCCCACCUCUGUCAGAGGACAUCAUCAGAGAGAUGGUUCUCCACCCAUAUGAGACACAGUCAGACAGCUUCUACUUUGUGGACAAUAAGCUGGUGAUGCACAACAAGGCAGACUACUCCUACAGCGGCGGGACGUAGAGACGGCGCCUCCUCUACAGAAGACAGGCGGAUUUAUGGACCAACCUGUGGGACAAUCAGAGGAUAGUGUUGGCUCCAACAUCCUGUUUUUCUUUCUGUCUUUAUGUCUUUCUCCUGUUGAGACGACUCCAUCCAGGAGCAGAUAGGUCUGUGAUGAUCUGACAGUGUGUUUGUGUGCAUGCGGCAUAGAGAAACGCGUGUGAAGGAGAAGCAUACACACAAACACACAGACGGACUCAGGCACGGGCAUCGCUGUAACAAAGUGUGUUCGUAACAUGGUUAACCAGCAAAAAAAUAAUGCUUACAAUUCAGAUGGUUUUUAGCCACGUCAUUAAAUGAAAAAUUCAAAUGCUGAUAUAAACUUUUUUAUUAUUACUAUUAAGAUAGCUAAUGUAAAAAAUUACAGGGCCUUGUAAAAGUAUUUAUUACGCUUAAACUUUUUCUGAUUUUGUCACAGAAGGUGGAGAUUUUAUGGUGGCAGAAUUCUUUGCCAAUAACUCAAGCUCAGAUUUAAUGGAGAGUAUCUGUGAAAAGCAAUUUCCAGUUUUGUAUUAGACUCCAUAUUGGAACUGGUUCCAGACUUUGUGUAGAGCCACUCAAGGUUGUGGUUUGAUUUAUAGCUCAUGCUGAAGGGCGAACCACCUCCCAGAUCUCCGAUCCAACUUAGAAUCAACUUUAUCUUCCCUGUCCUUACUGAACAAAAACAUUCCCACUACAAUAAUGUUUCAUCAUGAGCCAAACAAUCCUGGUGAAAACCUCAUGCAGUGGGUAAAAAAAUCGCUUUAAAACUCUUCCUUGGACUUUAAUCUAUUUAUUUCAUUUUUAUUUAUUGAUAGUUUUGCACGAUCACAUGAGAUCCAAAUAAAAGUGGACCAAAUACUUUUACAAGGCACUUUAAGAACAAAUCUAACAUUUCUCAAUGUGUGUUUUUUAGAUUGUCAGUAACAGUUUUUUUUGGAUGGAAAAAAGUUAUUAUUUGAGUGAUUUUUAAUUUCUAAUUGUGUAUGAGCCUGUCUCCUGCUGUUUUGUAUGAUUGUGUGUCUUUCUCCCUUUGUAGAAGGUAGUUUAAAGCAUGAACACCGCUCUGGAAAAUAAAGAAUAUUUUUAAGUGUCAGCAAUGUUCUAAUCUGCUUUGCAAAGGUCAAGUAGAUUUCCAGACACUGUUAGGUCAUUUCCUCCACAGCAGGCUGUAAUUUGUUCUAAAUUUAUCAGACUUGUGUGCCGUCUCAUCCUGCUCCCAGUUUAAUUGUCGACUGCGUUGACCUAUACGUAAUGCUGUAUUUGCUAAAAGUGAAGCAUUUUUACAGUGAAACUCAUAAAGAGGAACUGGUCUGAUCUGAUCAGAAACGCACUUUGUCAUCUGCACUUGGCUUGGUACUUUUCCAGCCUUGUGUCACUUCAUGGAGGUCAAGAAUUUAAACUUCAAUUUUGUCAAAGUAUAACACAAAUUAUAGCAAAAAGUUAAUUAGUUUCUGUAGUGCUUGUCCCUGAUUUCUCUUUUUCCAGAUCUCUGCCUCAUACUUGAUUCCAGUGUUUUCAUUUAGAUAGAUCUAUCCAUUUUGUCCUGCUUAGUCAAUUUCGCGAUGGGGACUGUACCUAUCUCCGUCAGUCUAUGGGAGAGAGUCUGGGUACACCCUCGAAAGGGUCGCCAGUCUGUCACAGGGCAACACAGAGAUGUACAACCAUGCACACACUCACACCUAAGGACAAUUUAGAGAAGCCAAUUAACCUAACAGUCAUGUUUUUGGACUGUGAAAGGAAACCGGAGUACCCAGAGAGAUCCCACACAUGUACUAGGAGAACAUGCAGAAAGACCAUGGGACCGGAAUCAAACCCAGAAGCUUCUUGGACAUAUGCCAGUGAUAAAUGAUCACCUGCUGUUUGAAGGAAAUGAAUGACUGAAUAUCCAUCAUGAGUUGCCUCUAAACUGUAACAUGCAUACUUUAAUCAAAGGUAUCCAAAUAAGUUCAAUCUUUGGAAGGUGGAUUGUCGUUUUUACAUCAGUUCUGUUAUGUGCACUGGAUAUUCUGUUUAGUUGGUGUCAUUGGACAUUUUUAAAUACUUUAGAUUAUUUUUUAAUCCUCUGAGCCAGAUGUGUGAAGAGCUAGAACCGGUUGGAAGGAAACCAGCUGUGUCUUCAGAUACUUUUCGAUAACAGAUUUAUUUUUGUGUGAUUCUGAUUAGUUUUUCAUUGUCAUUUCUGGUUUAUAGUUGCACGAAAAAAGACUGGAGAGAAAACAGGCGGGAUUCGAUUGAGGAUUUAACUGAUUGACUUGAAUGUUUUGUUGAAAAAUGUUCCAUAAAUAUACUGAGUAGAUUUUUAAAUAAAUUAUUGUGGAUUGUACAAAUUAUUUUGACCUCAUUCCAGAUGUUGGUGGGACUUUAGAAUUGAAAAAUAAAGAUUUAUGGGACUUUUUGCAUUGUCCUGUCUCUUUGAUCAUUGA